UGUAACUCAAAAUCAAAUCCCCAACAAAUGGAAGUCCCAAAUGUUUCUCGUUCCCAGCCACUGCCAUGAGAUGUUACCUCUUCCCCCGAGCUCACCCUGUCCGCCGGAGACCCAGAGACCCAAAAUAAAGCCAAUCUCUCUAUCAUUAGUUUACCAUAUCCUCUGACAAAACCCCAUUAAAACCCUAAUGUAGAGCAACUGCGUUGAGUCAACCAAUGAUCUAAGCAUUUUCUACAGCUUUCUCAGAUAGAUAGGAUGACUCAGCCAUCAGUGAUCUUGGCAACUUCAAGCUAUGAUCAUACAAUUAGAUUCUGGGAGGCAAAAAGUGGGCGUUGCUAUCGGACUAUCCAGUACCCGGAAUCUCAAGUGAAUCGGCUUGAGAUUACUCCAGAUAAACGGUUUCUGGCUGCUGCAGGAAAUCCACAUAUUCGACUGUUUGAUGUUAACUCCAAUAGCCCGCAGCCUGUAAUGAGCUAUGAUUCACACACAAAUAAUGUUAUGGCAGUGGGAUUUCAAUGUGAUGGGAAUUGGAUGUAUUCUGGAUCUGAAGAUGGGACAGUAAAGAUAUGGGACUUGAGGGCACCAGGCUGUCAAAGAGAAUAUGAAAGUCGUGCAGCUGUGAAUACAGUUGUUUUGCACCCGAAUCAGACUGAGCUGAUAUCAGGGGACCAAAAUGGCAAUAUACGUGUCUGGGACUUGACUGCAAAUUCAUGCAGCUGUGAGUUGGUUCCUGAGGUGGAUACCGCUGUGCGAUCGUUGACGGUAAUGUGGGAUGGAAGUCUGGUGGUCGCUGCAAACAAUCGUGGAACUUGUUAUGUGUGGCGCUUGUUGCGAGGCACCCAGACUAUGACCAACUUUGAGCCACUACAUAAGUUACAGGCUCAUGAUGGCUACAUCCUUAAAUGCCUUCUUUCCCCUGAGUUUUGUGAGCCUCACCGGUAUUUGGCCACUGCAUCAUCUGAUCACACUGUCAAGAUAUGGAAUGUUGAUGGCUUUACUUUGGAGAAAACAUUAAGAGGGCAUCAGCGCUGGGUUUGGGACUGUGUUUUCUCUGUUGAUGGUGCUUAUCUCAUCACAGCUUCCUCUGAUACUACAGCUAGAUUAUGGUCAAUGGCUUCUGGUGAAGAUAUCAGAGUAUACCAAGGGCAUCACAAAGCAACAGUAUGUUGUGCUCUCCAUGAUGGUGCAGAACCUUCUUCUUAGUGUCUUCCUUCUUAGAUCUCCUAUUUGCAGCGAGACUUGUCCAUGCAUGCCAUGGGGAUUCUUUUAAUCUUUUUUUCUUUUCCCUUUUCUUGUUCUGUAAUUUCCAUUUUUUAAUUGAACAUGUUUUCAGAGUCAUAAUUACACAUUUACCUUGGCUGCUGUGUAAAUAUUAUCCAUUUAAAGCUCACCUAAUAUAUUCAUGUGCGUGCCAUGCUUUUAUGCA